AUCUAUCCUUUCAACAAACAUAUUGGAAUCAAUUUCAAAAUUGUAAAAAAUAUCAACCCUUCCACUCUCUAUAAAUAAUGCAACUAAAUUGACCACAAAAACACACACAACACAAAACAAACCCUAUCAACAAAAAAAUGAAGAUGAUUCUAGCUAUCUCAUUCUUCAUUUUAUCUCUUCUUUCUCUUUCUCAUGCAUCCGUGGUAGAUUUCUGCGUAGCGGAUUACAACGGACCAAAUGGCCCUGCCGGAUAUUCUUGCAAAUCACCAAAAAAAGUAACCGAGGAUGACUUCGUCUACCAUGGCCUAGCCACAAGUGGAAACACCUCAAACAUUAUCAAAGCCGCCGUUACUCCUGCAUUCGACGCACAAUUCGCUGGAGUAAACGGUCUUGGAAUUUCCAUUGCACGUUUAGAUUUAGCCGGGGGUGGAGUUAUUCCACUUCAUACUCACCCCGGUGCUUCGGAAAUAUUGGUUGUCAUUCAAGGAACAAUAUGUGCUGGUUUUGUUGCGUCCGACAAUACUGUUUACAUUAAAACACUUUACAAAGGUGAUGUUAUGGUUUUUCCACAAGGAUUGUUGCAUUUCCAAAUUAAUAGUGGUGGUUCUAAUGCACUUGCUUUUGUUAGCUUUAGUAGUGCUAAUCCUGGUUUGCAGAUACUGGAUUUCGCUUUGUUUAAAAGCGAUUUUCCUACCGAGUUGAUUACUGCAACUACUUUUAUUGAUGCUGCUGUUGUGAAGAAGCUUAAGGGUGUUCUUGGAGGUAGUGGUUAAAGAAACUAUGUUAUUGUCCAUCAAAGAGUGAGGAAUAUGCAGGAUUAGUGUUUUCUUGUUUUGUUGUUGGGUUUGUCUUUGAUUAAUUUGUUGUGUUGUGCUUUGUUAUGUCAAGUUAGUUUAGAAGGAAAGUAAUUAAUUCUUCUAGCUCAAAUGGCAGAAAUGCCAAAACUGCUAGAUUGAAUGUUAUGAUUGGAGUUCGAACCCCUAUCGCUCCUCUUUAUGUGUGUUGACUUUUGAAUGAUUUGCUAUUUUGUCUAUCCAUGAAAAGAAGAAAUUUGUGAUACGAGAUAAAUAAAUGUAUGUGUUUUUUGUCUUAAA